AUGGGCGUCUCAGGCCUUCUUCCGCUGCUCAAGUCCAUCCACAGGCCAACCGAGUUGAAGAAGUUCGCCGGUGAGACGCUCGGCGUUGACGCCUACGGAUGGCUUCACAGAGGAGCCAUUGCCUGCGCCGUUGACUUGGCUAAGGGCAACCCCACCCGCAAAUAUGUCGACUUCGCCAUGCACCGGGUAAGAAUGCUCAAGCAUUUCGGCGUCACCCCGUACUUGGUCUUUGAUGGCGACUUCCUUCCCAGCAAGGCCGCCACCGAGGGAUCCCGCGCCAAACGCCGUGAAGAGAGCAAGAAGUCUGCCAUGGAGCUUCUCAGAGCCGGAAAGUCGUCGCAAGCAGCCCUCGAGUUUCAAAAGGCCAUUGAUGUCACACCCGAGAUGGCUCGCAAUCUCAUUGACGAAUUGAAAAAGAUGAACAUCUCGUACGUCGUUGCACCGUACGAGGCCGAUGCGCAGCUCGUCUACCUCGAACGCCAAGGCUUGAUCAACGGCAUUCUAUCGGAGGACUCGGAUCUCUUGGUGUUUGGUUGCAAGCGGCUCCUGACGAAACUCGACCAGUACGGCAAUUGCAUCGAGAUCAACCGGAGAGAUUUCUGUGCGGUUCGGGAGGUUUCCCUCACAGGAUGGACGGAUGCAGACUUUCGCCGCAUGGCUAUUCUGAGUGGUUGCGAUUAUCUUGAGGGCAUCAACAACAUGGGUCUAAAGACAGCUUACCGGAUGAUUCGCAAGUACAAGACUAUCGAUCGAUUGGUCCGGAUGAUCCAGUUUGAGGGGAAGCACCGCGUUUCAGAGAAUUACAUGUCUCGUUUUGCCCAGGCGGAGCUGACCUUUAUCCACCAAAGAGUCUACUGCCCAACGAUGAAGAAGUUGGUAUGUUUGGCGGAGCCUGAGGAAGGCAAGGGUGUGGAGGAUAUGCCUUUCAUUGGUGGCUACGUCGACCCGGCGAUGGCCACGGCCAUCGCACUCGGAGAUGUCAACCCUAUUACUAAGGAGAUCAUCAUCCCUGCGCCCAUGCCUGGCUCCAAGACAGAUGCGAAAAGAAGACACUCUCAGUCUGCCGAAGCUCUUGCGGCUGCCUCUGCAUCGUCGACCCGCACGCGACAACCGACCAAGCCGAUUGAUUCGUACUUUAAAGGCCACCAGCGUAUUCCGAUGGGUGAAAUGGACCGCAACUGUUUCUCUGUCGACCCAGCAAGAGUCGCCGCUCUUACUCACAACGGACUUGUCCCCAGGGUCUUUCCUCUCCCCAGGCCAUAUGUCCAUGGCACUUCAUCAUCACAGCCAACCGCCAGCUCUCGCCCCACAAGAACCGCCCGUUCCAAUACCUCCCCUCGCCUGUUGAGACGACGAACCGAGCCCAUUCAGGACUUACCGGAACAUCAUGCCCCUAGCAGCUCUGACGGGAGCCGCCGUGUCACCGUUGGUGAUGCGAAAAACACCCUGGACGACAUUGAUGCACUGAUGAGAGGCGGUUCCCAACGGCCUCCCAAGAAGGUCCGUCUCUGUGCAGACACGGACGUCACCGAAACGAAAACUGAGGAAUCCCAAAAGAGCAAGUUCUUCUCCAGGGAUGGAAGCUCAAAUAACAAUAAGAAUAAGGACAGCUUCCUGUUCUCUGAUGACUCAAUCGACGAGGCACUACUCAAUCUUCCGGAUAUCGACGGAUGGCAUGCCCCGAAGCCCAAGUCAAUCGCGGUCUAUGAAGAAAGCCAGAGCACAGAUACAGGCACGGAAGCGACCACCGGCACGGACAGCCAGUUCAGCAAGGACGAAGAGAGAUCAGCCACGCCGCAGACUGAUCUGUCUGAAGUAGAUGAGACCGAGCCGACCAAGCCUGCCUCGUCGCUUCCAGAAAAGAAUUUGAGACGUGCGUCUCUACAGCGCUUCGCCUUCAGUUCUCAGCCGAGCCCUGCCGCAUCAAGCCAGCCCGACACGCCGAGCACCAUCGCCUCUCCGCACUCUUCAACCUUUACACCCUCGACCGCUGCUCCCUCGACUGCAGCAUCAUCAAUCAACUUUUCAGCCAGCUCAAUCGCAGCUGGUCCGUCCAAGAACACUCCGCUUCUCACCCCGCUGCAGCGGAUGGGUGCCCGUGCCCUUCAGCGCAAGAACCCGCCUGCCCGCCGGCCCCUGUCUCCUACUAAGAGCACCAUACAGCGGAGCCCCAAGCGCAGUCCCCGGAAGAGCCGGCUGCUCAAGUCGUUCCCCAUCAACCCGUCAUUUGUGCCUCUGCCCAAGGUCGAUUUGGCCGAGGUGGAGGCUCUGAACGCGCCGUGCGGGAGCGAAGACCAAAUCAUCCCCGAUAGUGACGGCGAUAAUGACGAAGAUGUCUUUGCCCCGGGCCUUGGCGAGAAGGACGGAGAGUCUCAGCCCAAGGCCCUGAACCUUUCUCGGUUUGUAUACAACUGA